AUGGCAAUGUCUUCAAAAGCAUCAACUCUGUUAGCAGCAAUUCAAAGAAGUGAUUUUCUGGUAAGCCUCAUGGUAUGCGAAAAACUUUUUAGUUUAACACUACCCUUAUCAAUUUUCCUUCAAAAUGAAUCUUUAAAUUUCGUGUCUGCAAUAAAUCACACGAAACAAGUCUUAAGUUCUCUUAAGAACAUAAGAGAAACUGCCAGAGACGCUUUUCAAUCCGCAUCACAACUUGCCAGGGAUUUAUUUGAAGUCAGCAUAACAAUUCCAAGGCUUUCUUUGAAACAAACAACGAGUUCUAAUCCAGAAACAUCAUGUUCAGAAGACUAUUUUAGAGUUUCUGUAUUUAUUCGCUGUCUAGAUUCUCUUAUACAAAAUCUUACUGACAAAUUUAUGGUCAACGAGGACGUUUUACUACCGUUUCAAACUCUGCUUCCAGAUUUUGCUGCUGCCAAUCGAGUAAAUGAAAUGGAAAAUCUAACACUCUACUUCGAUAUCGCAAUAUCCUUGUCAGCUGUUAAAGCGGAGUACAUAUUCUGGUGCGAAAAAAUUUCAUCGAUGGAUCCCUCUUCCGAUGUUCUGAAACUGCUAGAUAUAUGUGACAAGACCUACUUCAGGAGCAUAAGCUACUUGCUUACAAUUUUGGCCACGCUACCAGUUACAACAGCUAGCGUUGAAAGAACCUUUUCAACGAUAAAAAGGAUCAAAACAGUAUCCCGAAGCGUUAUGGGCCAUCAAAGACUAAGCGCACUUGCAAUGAUGUCUGUUCACUCAGGUAUUGAUGUGGAUCCAGAUGAAGGGAUCGACAUUAUGUCUAAAAAAAAGACAAGGCGUUUAUUGCUUUAA